AUGAAUAAUUCUAUAAAUUUUAUAAAUAGCCAGUACGAGGAUUUCUUGGAGGAACACAGGGUAAAUCAAAUAGCUGUGAAGGAUCUUAAAGAAAACAAUAAGAAACUAGAGGUGACUAUAGACGCCCUAAACACACGUGUAACCGAGCUCGAGCAGCGAUCUAGAUCCAACAACCUGGAGUUGCAGUGUGUUCCCGAAAGAAAAAAUGAGAACCUGAUCAAAAUCGUGGAACAUUUGGGCAGUGCCAUAGGGUUGGACAUAAACGCGGACAAUAUUAUGAGUAUUACGAGAGUGGCUAAGGUAAACCGUCAGAGUACUCGGCCAAGGUCUAUCAUUGUGCAAUUUAGCUCUCCGCUCACUAGAGACAGUGUUUUGGCCGCGGUGAUAAAACAUAAUAAAAGCAAUCCCAAAGAUAAAUUGAAUACCUCGCAGAUAGGAAUGGGGAGUGUUGGAGAAAAACAACCCAUUUAUGUUAUAGAACAUCUCUCACCCGAGAAUAAAGCCCUGCAUGCAGCGACGAGACUUAAAGCUAAAGAAAUAGGUUACAGAUAUGUUUGGGUUCGAAAUGGUCGUAUACUGAUGCGAAAGGAUGAUAACUCCGACUACAAAGUAAUAAAAAAUAUGGACUUCCUGAAUAAGUUAAGUUUAUGUUACGAAGGUCAGGUAUUGGUGUCAUAA